AUGGCAACACCACCGUUAACUAUGGAUGAUCAUGAAACAGAUGCAUCAUCAUUUUCAUACGUUCCCAGUUGUUUCCCCGAUGAUAUUUGUUUUCAUAUCAUGUUAUUUCUUGAAUUGAAUUCAAUCAAACACUGUGUUUUAAUUUCCAAACAAUGGAAUUUGAUGGCAAGAAAGAUUCCGAUAUCUGUGGAUAUGAGUUAUAAAAUUGAAAAGUUGGAACAUUGCUUGAAAUUAUUGUCCCGCAGUAAACUGCAUUGGAAUAUGACCUCUCUGGACUUGACAAAAAAUUCAUUGGACACGAAUUCGAGUGUGUGGAUUGAGAUUUUCAUGAACAGUCAUUAUAUUUCAAGCUUGAAACAAUUGAAUUUGAAUUACAAUUAUGACAUGGGCGAUCCAUGUUUUACAAUGAUUGCCAAAUCCACUAAAUUUCAAAAUUUACAAGUUUUGAAAGCGAGUACGUGUGGCAUCACUGAUUUUAGUGUUCAAGUUUUAGCUCAAAAUGCAGCCAUGUCAAAUCUGCGAGAAUUGUAUCUGAAUAGAAAUGAUAUCACUGAAUCAGGAGUGAAAGCUCUUUCAACAAGCACGAUCAUGAGUCAAUUGCAAGUUCUGGAUUUAUACUGCAAAAGAAUUGGACCAAACGGUGCACAACAUUUAGCUCUAGCUCCUUUCAAACUCAGGGAGUUACAUUUACUAGCAUGUGAAAUCCAAGAUGAUGGAGCCAUAGCCAUUGGGAAAAGUCCUCAAAUGUGUAAUUUAACACUUCUCGAUUUGCAAGCCAAUUCUAUUGAAACUGUUGGAGCUUCAGCACUAUUGGGAAGUGAAUACAUGAAAAAUUUGACAAGUUUAAAUUUAUCUGAAAACAAGCUUGGAAAAUCAAUUGGUAUGAUCAUUGCAUCCAACUUGUCCAAUUUAACCUAUUUACAUCUUGGUGAUUCAAAAAUUGGAGAAGAAGGAGCCAUUUCAAUUGUGUCAAGUCCAAACAUGUCCAAUUUAACCUUUCUAUCUCUGUGCCAUAAUUCUCUCGGUGCAGAUUUUGCUUCAACAUUGGCCUCCAGUGUCCACAUUUCAAAAUUACAAAAGUUGGAUCUCUAUUACAAUAAUCUCGGCGAUUCAGGAGCAACGAGUCUUGCCUCGAGUGCCUAUUUGAAAAGUCUCACAUUCUUGGACCUUGCCUACAAUACUAUUGGUAAUGAGGGUGUAUUGAGUAUAGCUUUGAGUAGAAACUUGCCAAGUCUUAAAAGAUUAAUUCUUGCCAACAAUAAUUUUACAUAUACAGGUGAAGAUGCAUUGAAACAGAGCAGAUAUGCUGCGUUUACACUUAUGGAUGAAUUGUACUAA